AUGACUUCAAUGAAUGGGUGGGUUACGCCACUGGUUGAAGACCUUCUUUCCCGUUACAUCAAGGGCCAGAUGGACAGCUCGGAAUUCGUGGACGAUGGCAGUAAUCUUCGUUUUGCCCGUCGCUCUCCACAGUGCACUAUAGUUCUCAAUUGGGAAGAAAGCGAGGGAAGAAAUGUGGCAACAUUAACCGACUUCAAAACUCAGAUCGAAGCAGUGCUAGCAAAAGAAUCUUUGGAGGCACUCAGAAAGGAGACAGGCGAACGUCCAUUAAACAGAGACGUGACUCUAAAUCAUUUCGCCCAGCUACUUGACUAUGAGAUAGUGCUCGAAUAUGCCAUAUCUGCUCCGAAAAUUCAUUUAUAUGUUAGGAAUCUUAGUAUUGCGUGGCACAAGGGCAAGUACAAAGGCGCGCCACAAGGCAAAUUAAUUAAGAAGAGUGCAAAGAUACGAGGCUUGAUGAGGAAGGUUUUCGAAACCAUCAAGUCUUGGGAGAGUCACCGAGCUGCGACUUCGCCAAAGGCGUAUUCCUUGGAUGACUUUCCAAAAUCUCAAACUCACGUCUCUGAAAAGCAUGCCUCGCAACAGUUCCUACAGUCCCAGGCCCAGACAUCCUUCGUGGAUUCGGGAGUACCGACCAUGGUGCCCCCAAUUCAAACUAAGCGCAGCUCGGCAAUUUCGAAUGCGCUACUUGGAUACUUGGAAUCUCAUGCCAAGCCGGCCGACAGUAGUUUGCCAGAUAAUAGAGAGCAUGAAACGGUUGCCAUUCCAGCCAACGACGAAUAUCCCGACAGGACUGAGGUACGGGAAAAUAUCCCACAAGCUGCUAAAAGCUGCAAUGAUCUUUCUCAUGUUGAAGGAGCUCAAGGGUCUCCGUUAGACUCUCGUUCUGAACUGAUACGUCUUGCUCAGCAUAAUAGUCACACAGCUUCCCAGGAGCGAUACGAUGCAGGUCAUAAGUUGCCAACCACGAAAAUCGAUGGGGGCACGAUAAGUAAGAUAGAUGUACAACAUGGACAGGAUCAUGAAAAUCUCACUUCACCACGGUCAUCACCAAAGCAAAAGCUACCUGAAAUGAAGCACCCAUCUGAGAAUUCAAGCUCUAGCCACACAGACCCCUGGUACGGUAUGACUGAUAUUAGAACUAGGGACAUCAUGAUACCCAGAAAUCAAGUUACAUUACUUGAGCAGCACACUCGUCAAUGGGUGCCACCCGAUCAUGGCGACUCCAUCAAAGGCCAUGUACCACCUGAAAUUUUAGCCCAGUGGAAUCAAAUUGCGCUGCAGAGGAGGCAUUUAAGUGAACGAGAAGGACUAGGGGGCUUCGAGUCCGAGCGGGCUGAGUCUCAUGAAGUUUCACCAGAUAUCAACUGCCCUACAGCUCAAACGAAUGCAGAGUCCGAUGAUGAACCGGUAACAUCGGAAUGGUCUGAGAGUUCUCCUGAACGUGUUUCCCGUCCUCGACUACUACCGUCAGACAGUAGCCCUGUGACGAGGGCGAUAAAGAUGCGUACCGGCGUACGUAUUACAAGGCCGAGCAGCGCACGAGAAGAGAAGCAACCAACGGAAGUCAGUUCGACGCCAGUGUGCGAAAACCAGCGAGACAGCCGAGCUAUUUCCGCAGUCCAAGAGGGCAAUGAUCUACACAUGAAGAAUUCGCUGUUUGAAAACAGUGUGAACGAGGAGCAUAUCUCUAAACCUGUGCAUAACAAUACCAGCGCUGCUGGACACAAAAUCCAAGAGGAAUCUGAUGCGGAAAGUGAAGAUUCAGUCAUGGAUACGUCCGUUCCUUGUCCACUUGGUGGGUCACAACAAUCGAACUCUACCAACCAGUCGGAGCAAGGCAUUGUCAGUUCCGGAUCUUCACUUCCCGCACGAGGGCAUGUUCAAGUUUUGGACACGCCUUUAGCUAAUCUCAGACACCUACGUUCUACGAGGCUGGACAAGGAUAAGGCCGGUCUGGAAUCGCACCACAUAGAACAGUCAUCAUCCCAGGUGGCCAAAUCGUCGUCUCAAUCACGCAUCCUCAACACAUACACGACCAACGGCAAUGAUACAGAAGGCACCCAGACUACGAAUGUUUCAAGGAUCGAUGAAGCUGGUGAGACCAAUGACAAUGGCGUUCUCGGGACACAGAUGAAUACUAGUGACUGGUCGAUGCCAGAUGCAACUCCUAACUCCCACACUGCCCUUGUCUUCGACUCUUCCGCACCUGAAGAGCAUGACUCAAAUGCCCCUAUACCUAUGUCUACACUCGAAUCUCUGGGUUCCUCUAAGCCAUUUUCAUCCCACGACGAAGUGCUCCCCUCAAUGGAGUUCGAGGAUAAAGGACCUGAGUUAGUGCCAAGUCAGGGUUUGCCAUGUGACACACAUGGGCAUAGUAAAAUAUCAUCUUUAAAGCGCCCUGCAUCCAAUAUUGAGGUUGAAAAGGCACCUUAUUCAAAAAGACAUAAAUUCACGCACGAUGAGAGUAUGGAUGCAGGCAUUGAAGGGGAAACCAGACCAGCUUCCGGUCUCGUUUCUCGUCGCCAGGAUUAUAUUCGUCACUCUGCAGAACACUUGGAGGCGCAAAGGAUACAUGAGAAGUUUCGAAAUGAUUAUCCAACCUAUGUUGGAGACUUUCCACAUUUCAGAAAGCUGUGUGCAAUAUUGCAAGCCGUGCGAGACAAAGGAAGCUUACAGCGGUCUUUCUUGUGGGACGAUUUCGUUAUCAAGCACUUGGAGGAAUAUCCGCACUACCUAGAGCAAUGUCUUUCUUUGGAGACAAAAUCGCUAGGCUACGAAGAUUAUUUCACAUCACACUUUUCUAAACCAACUCAUAAAAAACGAAGUCUUACUGCAGAAGGGAUCAAAGCGGUUGCAGCACAAGAUAACCCUCCAAGCCUCUCUGACGCGGCGGUGAGCCCAUCACGCCUUCGAAAUGGCGCAGACACUUCGUUUACUACUAGUCUUGUGGAUAAAUUUUCGAACUUCCACACGCACUCCUUUGGACCAGCAACCCAGAGUACCCAAUCCGACACGGAUGUUGAUAGAAUGUCAUUCACCAUGUCGUCACCCACUCAACAUACGAAGAAUAACGUGUGUUCCCCUGGCGACGGUCAACAUACAGAGGUCGAAGAACAUACUCGGGAGACCGCCGAAGAACGUUCAGAAGCCGAGGUACAGCAACCUGAGGUAGACGAACAGGCCUUGGGGGUUGAUGAACAGUUACGCUUAGAGAUGAAUACUCAGCUCAGCACAUUGAGAAACCUAGAUGGUAACGAGUCCGUCGUCGCAGAAAGCGAAAUCAAUAGCGAGGAAGACGAGUUUAUGGAUGAAACACACGAAACAGCCAGUAUUGAGCUAGGGGACGAAGAAUCCCCCACAGCGCUUGAGGCUCCCCUUUCAGACAAUGAAUCAGAAGCAGCCAAUGAAGCAGAGAGUCCCAACGAGAACUGGUUUCUCUCCCUCCGACAUCUCUUCCCAACAAAGCCCAGCUGGUGCGACGACCCCGAUACGCCCUUUAAAAAGUGGGCUCAAGCAGACCAGAAUGUCUUCUCUCAACGCAAGUUCCGUCGCGACUGGGCACGCAUCCCUACAGAUGAAAAGGGAGUGAUUCAGCUGCCGUGCUAUUCCAACCCGUCAGAAUAA